UUCACUACUCUGUCAAGAGCUCCUCACCGCAUUCGAAACUCAACUAGAAAAGCUAAAUUCCAACACAGCAGAAAAGCUGUAUUAAGAGCCGAAAAUAAAUCAUAUUUUCUAUUCACAAUUGACGCAGCUAAAAUCCGCAGCCAAGCCAAGGCCAAUUGAUGCAGCCGAUGAACACUUGAGCAAGAAGACGACAAACCAGGCGAAAGGCGUCCACAACCACAAUCACCAUCUGGAGUCUGUGAGUCUGCGUGAGUCAAGUGGAUGAUGCAGAAGCAGCGCUCUCCCUACACCGGUGGCGGCUUCAAUCUGCAGCAGCUGAAGGCGACCACGUUCAACAAGGCCGAGAAUGUCAGUGGAAGGCCGUUCCUGGCCCAGCUGGCACACCAGGUGCAGGUGCAGCAGCGCCCACAGCAUCAUCUAAGCGGCUCGCCCCCUCAGCCGAUGCACUUCCUGCCCGGCAAGAAGACUCCGCACUCUGCCCAUGCUGCGUAUGAUCGCGGCCACGCUGGACAAGACCAUGCACCGUGCACCGGCACCUCACGCAGCUACAAUUCGAUAUCCAACUACAACGGCGCCUACGAGGGCGACCUGCGCGCCUUGCCCAUAAUCCUGACGAAGAACAGCAGCGCGCCGAUGACUGGCGACUGCUGUGGCAUGAGGCACUUGGCACGUGACGACGACGACAACAACAACAACAACAGCAUGGACCACUUGGACAAAAUGGGCGGCAUGGGUCACAUGGACAGCAUGGGCCACAUGGAGAAUAUGAACAGCAUGAGCAACGCGGGUCACUUGGGUCAUGGAGGUUAUGGGGGUCACGUGGGCCCCAUGGGUUCCAUGGGUUCCAUGGGUUCCAUGGGCCACUUGGACAGCAUGGACAGCGGCAAGGCAUAUCAGAGCGAUACGGAUUCGGAGACCGAGUAUAGUCAGCACAUCCAAAGCGUUGACGCAGCCAACGGCGAGCCGACGCGUUGGCGUCGCGCCUUCGACUUUCUCAAGUCCGGGAUGCCACCGCAUCGGCAGGAGCGCAUGGAGGCGGUGCUGCAACGUUGCUGCGAGAACACGUUCUUCAACCAUGUGCUCCUGGUGCUGCAGCUGUUCAGCAUCCUGCUCGGCGGCCUGCUAAUGCAGAGCCUGCGCCUGGGCGCCAAUCUCACCCAGCUAAGCUUCCGCCUAUGGCACUGCAAGUUCCAGCUGCGCACCUUCCAGCGCCAGCUGCUCUGGCGCAUGGCCAAUGCCAAGGGCAACGACGCUAUUCUCUUUCUGGGCGUGAUGCUCAUCUCGCCUUGGCUAUUCCUCAUCAGCCUGGUUGGCUUUUGCAUCUCCUUCAUGUUUUACUUCAAGGAGGGCGUCGGCGUCAUCCUACGCUAUCUGCGCCUACAGAUGCUCAACUGAAACCAAAUACCAAUCUACCUCUAUAGACCGCACAGGGAGGGAGAGAGAAAGAGGGAGCAAUAGGAGAGAGAAAUAUGUGACAGAGAGAGGGAGCUUAGGUCGUAUUUUAAAUUCCAAAACAAUGCAAGUCUUUUAGUGCGUAUUACAGUUAUGUCUACCCCACACAUACACACAUAAUGCUCUAUAUUUUGUUUGUUGCGGCAAAAAUCGAUAAAUGUUAUGAAUAUGUA